UUUAGUUUUAAGUUAGGUUAAAAUAAUAUUUUUUCAUAAUUAAUUUUGUGAUUCACCCAUUCUCUCUCCCUCAACAGCUCUCAUCUACCUCUGUUCACUGUCGCCCUUUCUCUCUCCCUUCGAAGCUACACCGCCGGAAGCCACCUUACCGCCUCGCUCCCCGUCUCAUAGGUGAUAACCGUGUUUCUUCACACUUAACAGAAUUCAUUUGAUGUGUGGUAGCGUUGGCUUCUAAGCUCAUUAAAAUGGAAACUUGUGGAAGUUUUGGUGACCGUGUUCAGUUCAAUUCUCCAAGUUAUGGAGAUGGUGAUGAUAGUAAUGCACUAAUUUUGCCAACUAAGGUGAAGAAAAGGAAAGGAAUGGAACAGGAAUGUGGAAAGCGAAAAGUCCAAUCAAAUAAGAAACAGAAAUUGAGUAAAACUCAGAAAAGGAAGCUGAAGAAAUCAGAGGGCGACAAGGAUAAGCAACUUCUGAUGGAGAAAGCCAUUAAGACAUUAAAUGAGAACACGCUUCCUGAGUACGCGUUUCCUCUUUUGCAGUCGUCAUGCAAUAUCAAUCGGGAGGAGACUGUGAAGGAAAAGCGUAGGAGGGCUGUACAUUUAUUAAAAGAAGGAUUGGCGGUUUCACAUGGUGAUGAGCUGUCGGCAAAACAGGAUUUUCCUUGUAGAACUGACUCUGAGAAUGAAGAGAUUCAGGAAUUUGAAGAAAAUGAAAUCACUCAGCCCGUUAGAACAGACAGAGAAUUCUUAAAUACAACAUCCGUUCUUUUGGAGUCCCCUCAAGAAUCAGUUCAUGCAAAUGAAGUUGUAAAUUAUAAAUCUGUUGCUAAACCUCUGGCUGACAUUUCCAAUGACAAGCAACCUGAUGAAAUCAGAAGUUCAUCUCUCAUGCCUUGUUCUAAUGAUGAGAUAAAAAGCAUCAAGUCAAAGGACAAGACAGAGGAGAACCCCACUACUGGUUUCAAUGAGUUGAGCAACAUUCCAAAUGUUUCUGCACAGAGGCCUUUGACUGCUCCUACUGUUGUGCAUGUAUACAGGCCAUCAGAGGUUGAAAAGAAAAGAAAGGAUCUUCCUAUAAUCAUGAUGGAGCAGGAGAUCAUGGAAGCUAUAAAUGAAAAUUCCAAUGUUAUCAUAUGUGGAGAAACUGGAUGUGGUAAAACAACUCAGGUUCCCCAGUUUCUUUACGAAGCUGGCUAUGGUUCAAGCAAGUCACAUGCCCGCAGUGGUAUUAUUGGUGUCACUCAACCGCGUCGAGUUGCUGUUCUUGCCACAGCAAAGCGUGUGGCAUAUGAGCUUGGUGUUCAUCUUGGGAAGGAGGUUGGCUUUCAAGUUAGAUACGACAAGAGAAUUGGAGAAAAUUGCUCUAUUAAGUUUAUGACCGAUGGCAUUUUGCUACGAGAAGUUCAGAAUGAUAUUUUAUUGAGGCGGUAUUCUGUCAUAAUUCUCGAUGAGGCUCACGAGAGGAGCUUGAACACAGACAUUUUGAUUGGGAUGCUCUCACGUGUAAUUACAACUCGCCAUAAGAUUUAUAACGAACAGCAGAAGAUGAUCCUUUCAGGAGAAAGUAUAAGUCCCGAAAAAUUGGUUUUUCCAUUAAAACUUGUGCUGAUGAGUGCCACCUUGCGAGUACAAGACUUUACUUCUGGAAGGUUAUUCCACAACCCUCCACCUGUGAUAGAAGUUCCCACGAGGCAAUUUCCAGUUACAGUGUAUUUUGCCAAGAAAACUGAGAAAACAGAUUAUGUUGGUACAGCGUAUAAGAAGGUCUUGGCAAUUCACAAGAGGUUGCCACCUGGGGGCAUACUUGUCUUUCUCACUGGACAAAGGGAAGUGGAGGACUUGUGCAGGAAGCUACGUAAAGCUUCAAAGGAAUUUAUCAUGAAAAAAGUUAAAGGAUCUGUGGAAAGUGAUGGCACUGUUGCCCAUGAAACAAAUUCUGUGGAGGGAAUAAAUAUGAAUGAGAUUAAUGAAGCAUUUGAUAUGUCUGGAAGUUCAUCAGUCCAACAAACUGAUAGGUUUAGCGGUUGCGAUGAAGAUGAAUAUAAUUUAGAUGGGAAUGAAUCUGAUUCCUAUGAUUCAGAAACAGAGAGUGAACUGGAAUUCAACGAUGAUGAUACUAAUCGUGAGGAUUCUGAGAACAAGAGUAAUAUUGUGGAUGUCUUAGGAAAGGAAGGAAGUCUUGCUUCUUUGAAGGCUGCUUUUGAAAACUUGUCUGGGCAAGCUCCAUUAAAUUCCUCAAACGGGAAGAAGACAUUUUCUGUGAAUACAGAAGAUGGUUUAGACCAAUCAAAAGUUUGCAAGGAGAAAAUUGCUAGAGAAAAUCACAUUCCAUCUCCAGGUGCAUUAUUUGUUCUACCGCUUUAUGCUAUGCUUCCUGCUGCAGCUCAACUUCGUGUAUUUGAAGAAGUCAAGGAGGGAGAGAGGCUUGUUGUUGUUGCUACAAAUGUUGCAGAAACAUCUUUGACAAUUCCAGGGAUAAAGUAUGUGGUUGAUACUGGAAGGGAAAAGGUGAAGAAUUAUGACUCCUCUAAUGGCAUGGAGACAUAUGAAGUGCAAUGGAUAAGUAAGGCAUCUGCUUCUCAACGUUCAGGAAGAGCUGGAAGAACUGGAGCCGGACACUGUUAUCGUCUCUAUUCCUCUGCA